AUGCCAGCAAAACCAGUAAAGCCUAGGAAAGGCGGACCUGGACACAAACGUUUGAAGAACUUCAGCACAAAGGAGGAUGAAAUCUUAUGCUCGGCAUACUUGAAUGUGAGCAAGGAUCCUAUUUUGGUAGUGAACCAGUCAACAGGAUCAUACUGGGCAAGGAUAACAGCUUAUUGCGAAGAACACAACUGCCCAAGGUCAAAAUCUUCCCUGCAGCACAGGUGGGGCGAUAUCCAGAAGGAUACUUCAAGAUUCUGUGGGUUCUACGCUGAGGUUGAAAGGAAAAACCAAAGUGGCAAGAGUGAAGAUGACAAGGUCAAAGAUGCCCUCCAGAUGUAUGAGGGUAUUGUCGAUUCCACUUUCAAGUUCAUUCAUUGUUGGUACAUGUUACGCAAUGAGAUGAAAUGGACCGAGUGGCUCGCUUCCAUGUCUGCAAGCAAUGGGGAGCCGUCUACUGAACCUGCCACGGCAAACGCAGAUGCCACACUCCCGCCUAGAAUUGAUAGGCCAACUGGCAGGGACAGGGCAAAGAAGGCGCGUACCAGCAGCACUGCCUCUUCAGCUUGCCUUGAAGUGCUGCAAAAAAUGUCCAUGGACCGCCAUGCUUAUGAAGAACGGGUUGAGGCUGCAACCAAGGAAGAAGCCAAGGACAUAGCUUCUCGCUCUGAUCGCAAACUCGCUCUACAGGAAGAGCAUUUGCAAGUCCAGAAAGCCCAGGUGCAGAUACAGAGAGAGCUACUCGAACUGCAGAAGGAAGAUCGGGAGGAACGGGUCAUGAGCAUAGAUCUCGAGAAGCUGUCACCAUGGGUUCAGGAGUACUACAUCAACAAACAGAAACAAAUCUCCGCAAUGAGCCUGAGAGGUGGUGGUUCCAGUGCCCCUAGGGGGUAG